AUGCUGCCUUUCUAUUUAUUUAUUGGUAUUCUCUUGGCAAUAAUUCUAUUUUUAUUUGUUAUUGGCCUUAGUCUGCCUGGAAGACUGCCUUUUGUUAUUGAAGGAAAACAUGCGGUUAUAACAGGGUCAAAAGGAAUAGGAAGGUGUAUAGCAGAACAACUUUUAGAAGAAGGAUGUAAAAUUGUUUCAAUAAUUGCUAGGGAUUUGGAAGCUUUGGAAAAGGCUAAAAAGGAAAUUUUACAGCUUGGAUUUGAGGAAGAUUCUGUUAAAAUUUAUUCUUGUGACCUUAACAGUGGACAAAAAAUUAUCAAGGAUUUGAUAGAAAAAAUAAUUGCUGAUUCCGGUCCAAUCGAUUUAUUAAUAAACAAUGCCGGUACCUGUAUACAAAAUGCUUUUGAUGAAUUACCCGAAGAUGCUUUUGAAAAACAAAUGAAAACAAAUUUUUUCAGUGCAGUUUAUAUGACUAGAGCUGUUCUCCCUCAAAUGAAACAACGUCGUUGUGGACACAUUUCUUUUGUUAGUUCGGCAGCAGGGCAAUGUGCGAUUUGGGGUUAUUCAGCCUAUUCUCCUUCAAAAUUUGCUGUUAGAGCCUUUGCAGAUGUUCUUUAUAUGGAACUUCUUCCUUAUGAAAUUGGUGUUUCUGUAUUAUUUCCACCAAAUACAGCAACGGAAGGAUUUGAUGAGGAAUUGAAAAAUAUGCCUGAACAGGUCCGUCAAAUUUCAAAUUCUGCUGGUGUUUUUCCCCCUAAACAAGUUGCCGCAGCAUUAAUUCGUUCUAUUCGCAUGGGGGAUUUUUGGACUUGUGUUGGAUUAGAAGGUAAAAUGCUUGGCUUUCUUUCUGCUGCAGCUUCACCAGAAACUAAUUUUGUUAAUGCUGUUAUGCAGAUUUUCUUUGCUGGAAUAAUUCGUGGAAUAAUGCUAAUCUACACAGCUCAAUUUAAUGCUAUCAUCAAAAAUUGUUAUAAAAAGGCAAAAUAA